CUGUCGGUGUAGAAUUUAUUUUAAGCAAUUGUCAAAAAAGACAUACAUCAUUUUUUGACAUAAUCACUCGAUUUCUGUAUACACUUUGUCCAUUUGCCGAAGGACCUUUAUAUUUUCUCAUUAAAAAAUGUUUUGGGCUGAGCUGCGAACCACGAAUGCAUCGUCGUCUUCACCUUUUCAUCAGCUUUUUCGGCAUCCAUCUCGCACAAACUUUUUAAAAUCCAAAUCUGUCGUGUACUAUUGCAUAAGCAGAGCCGUGGCUGAUUUGCAAAUGAUUUGCCACAUUAUCCACUGUCACUCGUCUAUUCCAUAGAGCAUAAGUUCAUGAGCACGUUCAAUGUUGUCAUCGUGGAUGUGGACGGGCGUCCAGCUGUUUUUUCAUAACACUUGUGCGAUCUUCUUUAAACUUUUGUGCCCAUUCAAACACACUUCGUGACAAAACACUUUCUCCAUAAUGUGCAUUAAAUCUUUGAUAAAUAUAGGCAUCAAACAUAACCUCCGACCACAAGAAACGAAUCACAGCAUCCUGCACUGUUUUCCUGCAAAUCACCAUUGCAAAGCGCCAUUACUCGCGCAACGGUCACAAACGAAUUGACGUAACACAAAGAAACCUGCGCAGCAGCACUGAACAGAUAUUGACGUCAUACGAAGAGUGCAGAUGGAUCAAUACGGUCGACAGAAGUUUUAACUAUCUGGAGUGCGGAUAAAUUUUUACUGAGAGUCGUAUAGGAAUCUAUAAUCUAGUACUUUCCAAAAUACGCCGAGAGUAUUCCUGAUGGUGAAACGAGCGUUGCUUCAUCGAACGCAGCUAAAGAAAACAACAUCUAUGUAGUUGGUGGUACGAUGCCUGAAAUAGAGGGCGAUAAAUUGUACAAUACCUGUACUAUUUGGGGUCCCGAUGGAACUUUGAUAGCAAAACACCGAAAGGUACAUCUAUUCGACAUCGACAUUCCUAAUAAGAUUACUUUUCGAGAGAGUGAUUCACUCAGUCCUGGUAACUCCCUAACGACGUUCGAUGUGAAGGGCUGCAAAAUAGGUAUUGGCAUUUGCUAUGAUAUUAGAUUCGAGGAAAUGGCACGCAUUUAUCGGAACAAAGGUUGCCAAAUGCUGAUAUAUCCAGCGGCAUUCAAUAUGACCACUGGACCACUGCACUGGUCAUUACUUCAGCGUUUCAGAGCGAAUGAUAAUCAAUUAUACGUUGCCUGCAUAUCACCGGCUCGUGUUCCUUAAGCAAGUUACGUCGCAUGGGGACAUACACAGUUGACCAAUCCCUGGGGAAAGAUUCUUUACGAUUUGGAAACUCAAGAGAAUAUGGCAGUCACCGAUAUCAAAAAAAAAAAAAAAAAAAAAAAAAAAAAAAAAAAAAAAAAACUGGCGAACCGUGUGUUACCACAACGAGACACGCGAUGCUAUUUGUCGCUUUAAAUUGUGCCGCAACUCGUUUUUGAGAUCUUUGCCAGGGGCGCGUUAAAACAUGCUGAAAAUAUAUUUCUGGCUUUUCUGGGGUUUAACUGAAAUAUGACAAAUAACGUUGUAAAACAUAUGUACUUAUGACUUACAGAGUAAUUGAGUGUACAAAAUAUAUAGUAUACAAAAUAGCCAGCGAUUUAGGGCUUUAAAAGAUCAAAAGGAAA